AUGGAGCCGCGGUCCGACGGCGAAACGCUGCCGCUCUUCACGUCGCUCUUCGCCGACAAGAGCCUUGCCGCGCCCCGACCCGGGCUCGUCGAGCCGCCAAAAGACGACUCAGCAUACCACAAGACGCACCUCAACGGCGGGAAAACAAAUCGCCCUGACGCGCAUGACAAUGACCCGAUCGGGUCAGCUUCUCGUAGAGAAAUGCGCGCGUCAACGAUGGAGAAGCCGGUUCAGCAACAGCCGCUCGGCGCGCAGUACCCUGUAACGGAGCAGCGAAGGAGCUCGACGGGACGCGUACCUUUUGAAAAUAUUACUGUCGUCGACUCUCCUAUGGCCCGUUGCGACCGGGCGCAGCAGUGGAUCCGCUACCCUGUGACGGAAAAAGUUACCGUCAUCGACUCUACUACGGCUCAGCCGUCGGUCCGCGAAGCCUCGGUCCGCGAAGCCUUGGUCUGCCGAACGUCAGGCGUCGCAGGGGAUUCCUCCUCGCGGUUGCGACGGUUACUACACCCUUACUCCCACAUGUCACACCAACCACGGCCACGCCAUGUUUUUUUUCCCCCUCGAACUUUUUCGCGAACCGAGGAGGGACCUGUAGACGGCGGCGGCGGCGGCGGCGGCCGCGAGGUUCCGGAUUGCUUUGAGUUGUCAAGCGACGACAACGGCGGUGACGACGCUGACGAAGAAGAAGACGACGACGACAGCGGCGGCGGCGGCGACGGCGACGGCGACGGCCAUCCUGACGACGUCGCAUGCGAGCUGUCGCACGCCGCGACGCGCGCUCCGGACUUGGACCCUUCAUCCGAAGGCACUUCUCGGGGCUCUCGCGACUCGCGCGACUCUCGCAACAAUCGCGGCGAACCUCACGAAUCUCGCAAACCUCCCGGCGACGAUUUGCCGCAUUCUGGAUACGGCAUGAAGCUAACAUUGCAUUCGAUGCUUCCUUCAUACUACUCUCCCGCCAUUGCCAGACAAUCGACCAACAGGGAGAACGGGAUCCCGCUAGGAUCUCUGAAACCAGCGGCCCCGGAGGCGCGUUUCUCGGCACAACCAGCGGCGCGUUUCUCGGCGCAACCAGCGGCGCAUCUGCAGCGCGCUAGCGACGAAAACGACUCGUCGGACGACGACGAGGGAGAGGAGGAGGGAAGAGACGACGAGGACGCCGAGGAAGAGGCCUUCAAUAGUCCACGUAAGCUCCACGUGUCGUCAUCGCGUCGGCCAGGUGACGGCGCUCCCCGCGAUCCCCGCUGCGAACUCGGAGCCGCGAAUUUCCCCUUCCGCUCCCCUUCCCCCUCCCCCUCUCCGCCCGCCGCUUCCGCACAAAGCCCCCCCGCCUCUUCUAAGCCCACCAAGAUCAUGCGGAAGUCAAAGCUGCGCCUAACGCCCUCGCAGGUCCAAGUUCUCGAGUCGCAUUUCACGGAAAUCGAGCGCGAAAUCAAACUCGAGACGCGGCUAAAGCUGGCGAGUCAGCUCCGCUUAAAGCCACGUCAGGUCGCGGUUUGGUUUCAGAACCGACGCGUGAAACACGCUACGUUGAUGCGGGAGGGGGAGCUGGCGCGGCUGCGCGCGGAGUUGGCGCAAGCGCACGCGGAGCUGGCGGAACUGCGGAAAGAAAAUGAGCGGACGAAGCGGGAAAUGGGCAAUUUGGCGGAGGAGCACGCGGAGCUAAAAUCGAAAUACGACGCGCUGCUGCCGCGCUCGUCGAAGCGAAAAUCGCCCGAAAACGAAUCGAUGAGUGCGCCUCCGCAGAAACGUGUGAAGGAAGAGAUACUGGAGUAUCAUCACGCGUCCGCAGGCUGCGCGGAACACACCGACGCGCGCCCACGCGGGGAGCUGAUCCCGCCAGCUGCCGAGUUUGGUUCCGGACAGCACGUCGAAAGCAUUCGCUACAGUCACACCCCAUGCAAGCACAUCCAAGACGCGUCAAAGCCAAGUUCGGCCUCCGAAACAGGAAGCAGCCAAGCCACCUGCCCCCCCCACCCUUUCUUCGAUCCUCACUCCAACAACAGCCUCCCCUCGCUCCCUGCAUUCCCCCCGUGCAACCUCCUGCCCUCUCUCUCCCACCUCAUCUCCUACCCUUGA